AUGCUCGGAGAGUGGUGGGACGAGGAUCUAGUCCUCGACGGAACCUCGGAUUCCGAGAUCAUCCCGGAGUUACACUCCCAAAUAGUACUCACCAAACCAGACGAGAUCGUGGAGAAGAGCACGUACAGCGCGUUUCACAACACGCGGCUACAGGAAAAGCUGGAAAAGAUCGGGGUGAAGGAGGUGAUCGUGGUUGGAGUGAUGACGAACCUGUGCUGUGAGACAACGGCUCGUGACGCGUUCGUUAGGGGAUAUAGAGUUUUUUUCUCUACGGACGCGACUGCGACGGUUAAUAAAGAGCUUCACGAGGCUACGCUGAUGAAUCUCGCUUAUGGCUUCGCUUAUCUCGUCGAUUGCGAUGAACUCCAGCGAGGUCUGCCUACUCAGUAG